CUGAGCAGAGUGAACUGUGUCCUGGACCAGCAGUUCAGCGACUUCUCUACAGAGAUGCAGAUCCUCCUGCUCAGAGAGAGUGUUCACUACAGUUCCCCCCUGAUCCCUAGCCAGAGUCCUCCAGGCCAUCCCCCCAUCCUGCCCUUCUCUGAGUAUGUCUCCUUCUACAACUCCUCCCCGCCUAUGCAGGACUACGUCAGCUCCCUGAGAGACCGCAUGGGCACCGUCAUAGACACACAGGAGCAAUGGAUUCCUAGCAUGGUGGCCACUGACUCUCCACUGGUCUUUUCUAACAAUAACCACCACCAUGCUAGCCACGUUCAUAGAACUACAUACAACUGGUACCCUUCUUCUCGUGGCCCUGUUUCUCACUCUGUCCCCAGCCCUCACCCUCCAUCCCUGUCUGCCUCUGGUCGUGCUAGUUCAGACUCUUACAGUUCUCUACCUGUGUCUCAUUCUGUCCCCAACUGCCACUCUCCUGCCUCUUCUUCUGGCCCCAGCCUUAACCUUGCUAGUUCAAACACUUACAGUUCUUUAGCAGUUUAUCAGUUUCCCUCAGCUGUGUCUCAGUUUAAUAGUAAUAAUAACAAUCAUGUUAUUAUUCGCUCUUCAUCCUUCCCCGGUCCUGGCACUGCCUCUCCUUUUACCCCUCCCCUCUACAACAACCCAGCCCAGACAGAGCUGCCUCUAUCUCAGCUGCACUCUAGUCUAGCGCCCCUCCCCAUCCAACCACUGGCACUGGGCAACCAGUGGAUAACAACAGCGCAAACAACAACAGAGAACCCGGACUCAGACUGCCGAGAGCAACUGGGAACGUGCAAGCCAAGUGCUAUGUCAACCACGACAAAGAACACUGACUUAGAUGCUCGAGGGCUACGGGGAAAGUGUAAGGCACAAACGAGUGCAACGUUUCAAUCAAAAGACAAUGUCAUAAUUGUUGAUCCUCCGGUUUCAGAAGCCACCAUGGUGGAUCCACAUCAUCUCACUCAGAUGAUUGAGAGUUCUUCAGGGGUGGGAGGGCCUUUCCCAAGCUCAGGGCCGGAUCCACCUGCACCCAUCAGUAGUCUGAUUAGCCAGCUGAAACCUGAGCUGUUCAGUAACCUGGUGAAGAUUAUAAAAGAUGUCCAGAAGAACUCUGUCCAGUUCUACAUCCACCAUAUCAAGGAGUACAUCCAGAGAUUAGGGAACAUAGAACACAGUCCUGAGAGUUUCUUGGAAAGAGAGAACUGUUUGGAAAAGUAUGGUUCUCAUGCAGAACAAGGAAAUCACAGCUCACGUUCGUAAGGUACUUGACAACAAUAUCAGUCAUUCCACGAAAUGAGUACCUUUUGUGUCCCUUUGAUAUUUUAAGUAGAAAUUGUGCACCGAUAUUGGAUUUUAAAAGCCUUUUAAAUUAUGAAGUGCCCUUAAUUCAAUACAUUUUUUAAUGAAUAAAGACUUCUACUUUGAAGAAUCUCAAAUAUAAAAUAUUUUGAUUUGUUUAACACAUGAUUCCAUGUGUUAUUUCAUAGUUUUGAUGUCUUCACUAUUAUUCUACAAUAUAGAAAAUAGUCAAAAUAAAGAAAAACCCUGGAAUGAGUAGGUGUCCUAUGUGUACAUAUAUACAUACAUACAGUGAGGGAAGAAAGUAUUUGAUCCCCUGCUGAUUUUGUACGUUUGCCCACUGACAAAGAAAGGAUCGUCUAUAAUUUUAAUGGUAGGUUUAUUUGAACAGUGAGAGACAGAAUAACAACAAAAAUCCAGAAAAACGCAUGUCAAAUGUUAUAAAUUGAUUUGCAUUUUAUUGAGGGAAAUAAGUAUUUGACCCCUCUGCAAAACAUGACUUAGUACUUGGUGGCAAAACUCUUGUUGGCAGUCAUAGAGGUCAGACGUUUCUUGUAGUUGGCCACAUCUCAGGAUGGAUUUCGUCCCACUCCUCUUUGCAGAUCUUCUCCAAGUCAUUAAGGUUUCGAGGCUGACGUUUGGCAACUCGAACCUUCAGCUCCCUCCACAGAUUUUCUAUGGGAUUACGGUCUGGAGACUGGCUAAGCCACUCCAGGACCUUAAUGUGCUUCUUCUUGAGCCACUCCUUUGUUGCCUUGGCCGUGUGUUUUGGUUCAUUGUCAUGCUGGACUACCCAUCCACAACCCAUUUUCAAUGCCCUGGCUGAGGGAAGGAGGUUCUCACCCAAGAUUUGACGGCACAUGGCCCCAUCCAUCGUCUCUUUGAUGCGGUGAAGUUGUACUGUCCCCUUAGCAGAAAAACAGCCCCAAAGCAUAAUGUUUCCACCUCCAUGUUUGACGGUGGGGAUUGUGUCCAAAUACUUUCCACAAUUGCCUCAUACAUCAUCCAACCUUUGGAUUGCUGCCAUUGUGGUCUGAUUCAUCAUAGCACUGUGAGGACAGUGCCGUUGACGACAAAAUGUUAUCCCUCUUCCUGAGGAGUAGCAGGGGGUACACUCCUACCUUGUGGAACCUAUGUACCUGGAAUCAUUAAUGACAAGAUAACUUCCAGAAACACAACAAAUAUCAGUCAAAUAAUGACAUUUAGAUUUACAGUCUUAAAUGAGACAACAACAAAUAAGUGCAUAGGGCCUAUCAUUUCCCUAAACUAGAAAUGCAGAAAUCUUUUUAAUGGAAAACAUAAUUAAAGCUUACCAGCUUGUUUGCUGCAUUAACCAAGGUUGCAUAUCUUCCAUGUUUCGUUGUCUUAUUUGCCCAUUCAUCUGUUGCCUUCAUUUUUUGGGCCUCUAACUUGACCUUUAGCUGUAUUUUUGCACCACAGAACUGGCACUUCUUUGAUGCUCCUCCUAUUGCUGUUUUACAACUAGGACACAGCUUACGGCUGGAGCCAGGAGCCAUUCUGCAUGAAAGGUGGAUACGAAAGUGUCUGAAAGAAUAGCCCUAUACACAUAACAUUGACUGAUGUUGCACCAGGGAGGUCCACUCUGGCACGGGGCUUGAAUUGCCAAGGAGAACUAGAGAUUGUGAGAUAAAAAAAACUAUACUAACAAUAGCAAUUAAUAAAGAGUUUGGCCAACUAAGGAGCUGACGACGAGUUCACAUUAAACAUCAAGCCCCGACCCUUCUCAAACCCAUUAAAGAAGUGCUAUGUGUGUGUUUUGAAGGUAACGUGGGUUUCAAUGACUCAAUCACAUGGGUCAGAUCUGAUAAUGGACCUCACCUGGUACUUAAACAAAGCCUAACACUUUGACAUUACCCCACAUGCCACACUGUAAUGUAAAAAUGUGCCAUACUAACUGUUGUCACCUAGAUAUAGGCUGCCUGCCAUAGCCUCAGGAGCAUAGUGCAAUGAGUGUCGUUAGUUGACAGAUGAAACAGUACCUGGGCCAGUGAGAUUUGUUUAUUUAUUUUAAGCUACAAAUUUUGAAUAAUCUCCUCCAGUUGGUUGGCAUUUUGAAACUACAACCUGGUUUGGUUUUUGAAAACAAAAUAAAUGGGAAGAAAGAUGAAUGAAUUAAAAGCGAAAAAGUCUCCACUUACUUCAAAUGCAGCCAGAGGAUGGAUCAAGAGAUCUGUAUCAAGAGGAUGGAGAGAGAGAGCAAGAGACUAAAGGUGUCAGCCGUAGGUCUGAGUGGUCUGAAUAGAAGGGUGGUAGGUGUGAAGGGUCUGAAUAGAAGGGUGGUAGGUGUGAAGGGUCUGAAUAGAAGGGUGGUAGGUGUGAAGGGUCUGAAUAGAAGGGUGGUAGGUGUGAAGGGUCUUUAUUUGGAGCUGCAGGGUAAACAGAAUAGAACAAGUUUAGAAUUGUAUUUGACUGCUGUGUAUGUAGGAUACUUAUUUUAAUUAAUAAACAUGUUUAAUUGAGCAUUAAGAUUGUACUACAUUUGAAAGUGGAUUACAUCACAAAAACUACAGGUGAUGUACAAAAAUGUAAAGAAUGUGAAUGAUGGAUAAUAAGAUGACCAUUGGAUAGAUACACAUUCACUGUGGAUGGGAGCAUUGCUGUCUGGUGGGUCCAAUUCAUCCAUUGUUUGCCAUUUUAAAUCUUGUGGAGCAAACAAUUGUCUUUAGAAAGGCUUUGAAAAGACAAGUUGAACUAGCUCUAUUAGACAGGGGUGUCAAACUCAUUCCACAGAGGGCAGAGUGUCUGUGGGUUUUUGGUUUUUCAUUUCAAUGAACACCUGGACAACCUAACCAGGUGAGCUGAGUUCCUUGGUCAUUUUUGACCUUCAUUUAUCAAUCAAGGGUGGUGUCACGACUCCCGCCGAAGUCGGCUCCUCUCCUUGUUCGGGCGGCUAUCGACGUCACCGGCGUUCUAGCUAUCGCCGCUCCAUUAUCAUAUAUCCAUUUGUUUUGUCUUGUCCCAUACACACCUGGCUUUCAUUCCCUAAUCAUUCUAUAUCUAUUUAGCCCUGUUUCCCAUCAUGUCUUUGUGUGUAAUUGUUUUUUGGUAUUGUGGAUUAUUGUCGGGCGCUUUACUUUUGUCAUGUUCCGUGUUUUUGUCAUGUUAUUGUUUUUAAGUGCUGUGUAUUUUGGAACGGAAUUAAAGUGCGCCUGUUCACAACA